GUGGUGGUGCCAGACAUGCAGGUCCACGAUUCAUUGAAGCUGUUGGAAGCGUUCAGGCGCAGAGGUCUGGCUUAUGCGUUUGCAGAGGCGGUCUCGUUUUUGGACUAUGAGCGUUACCUAGUACAAGCCGACAAGCUCGUCUUUACCAAGCUCAUCGAGGACGGUGUGAAGCCAAGGAAGUGGACACAGCGAGCCUUGGAGUUGCAAGAGGAGGAAAACAAUUUGAAGUGCAAGCUGGCGCCACAUCUGCGCAGCCUACUGUCUGGGAAGCGGCUAAUGCUUUGGUUUGGCCUGAAGCAGGGUGCCGAAGUCAGACUCAUCGAUGACUUCAGCGGAUCAGGGGUGAAUUCGACGGUACAAGCUUGUGAGAGUCCGAAGCCGCAUUCGACAGACGUGGUUGCGGCGCUGCUGCUGCAGCUGGCUCGUUCCACCAAUGGUUGCGCGGCCGCGUGCACUUUGCGGAUGGACAAAUUUUCGGAAGAGCCAGCCGCCUUUGCUUAA